UCCGUAUAUCUCUCUCUCUCUAUUCGUCUGUCUCUCUUUCUUCCUCUUUCUCUCUCUUUCUUUCCUCAUUUUUCCAAAACUGUACAGAUCCCUAAUCCUCUUUAACCCACGAAACGCUAAUUCUUCUGUGAUCAUCAACUGCUUUCAGCUCUCUCGUGUUUAUAUACUCGUCGAUCGCUACUCUUCUCUUUAAGCUUCGAUUCUUUUCUGGGAUAGGUUUUCUGGAAAAACGCGUAUUAUUAUAUUGGUAAGGUUUUGUUUAGUGUGUGCGGAGGAAGAGAGUGGGCGUUGUGAUAAAUUCAUUAGGGUUUGAGAAUUGAGAGGAUGAGAAUCGGACGAUGAACGAUGCCAGUGCUGCGUGGUGGAGCGCGCAGAGGCCGGAGACCGAAGCAGCAGCCAGAGGCGGAGACACAGCCGAACACUAAUAACGACCAGACUCCGAUUGAGGGUGAGGCGAUUGCUGCGAGGACCAGGAGGAGGAGAGCGGCGGCAGCGGCGGCGGCGACGCCGCCUGUGGAUGAGAACGUAGGUCGGAUACCACCUGCAGCUGCAGCGGCGGCGGCGGCGGAGGGUCGAGCUGUAGAGAAGGAAGAAGCAGUUCGAGCUAAGAAGAGAGAGGAAGUUGGCGACAAGGCCAUGGAUGAUUUUGAUAGUGGUGCUAAGAGCCCUGAAAAAGGUCAUGCUGCUGAGGAUGAUGGGAGCGCAGCCCCCCUUCCUGAAAAGGUUCAAGUAGGUGGUUCACCACUAUACAAGAUAGAAAGAAAGCUUGGCAAAGGAGGCUUUGGACAAGUCUAUGUUGGUCGCCGUAUUUCUGGUGGUAAUGCAAUUGACAGAACCGGCCCUGGAGCAAUAGAAGUGGCUUUGAAAUUUGAGCAUCGAAAUGGUAAAGGAUGCAGCUAUGGACCACCUUAUGAAUGGCAGGUUUACAACACUCUUGGGGGCAGUCAUGGUGUACCGCGAGUGCACUAUAAAGGCCAACAAGGUGAUUAUUAUAUAAUGGUAAUGGAUAUGCUUGGGCCAAGCUUAUGGGAUGUUUGGAAUAAUAACUCUCACACGAUGUCCAUUGAAAUGGUAGCCUGCAUUGCUAUAGAAGCUAUUUCAAUAUUGGAGAAGCUUCACUUAAGGGGGUAUGUUCAUGGGGAUGUUAAACCUGAAAACUUCUUGCUCGGUCAGCCAGGGACUCCUGAUGAGAAAAAACUGUUUUUAGUUGAUCUUGGCUUAGCAACUAAAUGGCGAGAUUCUUCAACUGGCUUGCAUGUUGAUUAUGAUCAGAGGCCAGAUGUAUUUAGGGGAACUGUUCGGUAUGCUAGUGUCCAUGCCCAUUUAGGCCGAACUGGUAGCAGGAGAGAUGAUUUAGAGUCUCUAGCUUACACACUCAUUUUCCUCCUUCGUGGUCGUCUGCCUUGGCAAGGCUAUCAGGGUGAAAACAAGGGGUUUCUUGUCUGUAAAAAGAAGAUGGCUACGUCUCCAGAAGCUUUGUGCUGCUUUUGUCCCCAACCUUUCAAAUUGUUUGUGGAACAUGUAGUGAAUUUAAAAUUUGAUGAGGAACCUAACUAUGCAAAAUAUAUCUCCCUAUUUGAUGGGAUAGUUGGACCAAAUCCAGAUAUUAGACCAAUAAACACAGAUGGGGCACAAAAGCUUAUCUAUCAGGUUGGUCAGAAGAGGGGUCGUCUCACUUUUGAAGGUGAGGAUGAUGAACAACCAAAGAAAAAGGUGCGCAUGGGGAUGCCUGCUACACAAUGGAUUAGUAUUUAUAAUGCUCGUAGACCAAUGAAACAAAGGUAUCAUUACAAUGUUGCUGAUACGAGGCUAUCUCAGCACAUAGAUAAAGGAAAUGAAGAUGGGUUGUAUAUAAGCUGUGUAGCAUCUGCCAGUAAUCUGUGGGCUUUAAUCAUGGACGCCGGAACUGGUUUUACUCAUCAAGUGUAUGAGCUUUCACCAUAUUUUCUUCACAAGGAAUGGAUCAUGGAACAAUGGGAAAAGAAUUUUUAUAUCAGUGCUGUUGCAGGAGCUACUAAUGGGAAUUCAUUGGUGGUAAUGUCAAAAGGCACACAAUAUUUGCAGCAGUCUUACAAAGUGAGUGAAUCUUUUCCGUUUAAAUGGAUAAACAAGAAGUGGAGAGAGGGCUUCUAUGUUACCUCGAUGGCCACUGCUGGCAGUAGAUGGGCUGUAGUCAUGUCUCGUGGUGCUGGAAUUUCAGAACAGGUCGUCGAAUUGGAUUUUCUUUACCCUAGUGAAGGUAUCCACAAGAGAUGGGAUGGCGGAUACCGUAUUACUGCUACUGCUGCAACGUGGGAUCAGGCCGCUUUCGUUCUAAGUGUUCCUAGACGAAAGCCAUCCGAUGAAACACAGGAGACACUUAGGACUUCUGCCUUCCCUAGCACUCAUGUUAAGGAGAAAUGGGCUAAAAAUCUAUACAUAGCAUCUGUUUGUUACGGGCGUACAGUGUCAUAGAAGUGCCAUCAUCAAGGUUAGAUCUCCCGUCGAUGACUACCCAAAACCUGGACCGUAGUGGAAAAUGAAGAUAAUAAAAGUCGCGUCUGGGUAGAGAAAUUUUGAUUUGGAACGAACUUAUAGUCAUAGCUGCACUUGGUACCGUGUUUAGUGGGGGUGGGGGUGGGGGGGUUAUUGUGUUGUAUGUAAUGUGGAUGGAUGUGCAUAGUGUGUUCUUACUUCUGUUAGCAUAAAUGGCGGCUGUAGUAACACAUUUCUGCCAUCAGAUUCAUGUAAUGUUUCUUCGCAGUUAAGGGCCAUAUCCAUAUUGGUUAGAGACGUUGUCUAAUUAUACAUUAUUAACUUGCAUCUUA